UGAAGGAGCUUUCAUCUUACUCCCUAUUCAGAUUCACUUUCUCGAAGUUGAACCCAUCGCUUGAUUUCUGCACUGCUGCACAUUCAGUCUUGAUAUGUACGCAUAGGUGUAGAUAUAUAUUCUUGGUUUGUUGGCAAGUUUGUGUCUUUUUCGGGUGAUUGUUCAGAUGAGAAAUUGUACCCAUCAAUGGCUGCGUCUUUGGUGAACCCAGAAGCAAUAUACGUGUCGGCCUCCUUUGACGAUAAUCUCAAAGGGUUUAUUCUUGCUGCUGUUUCUGGUGUGUUUAUUGGGUCCAGCUUCAUCAUCAAGAAGUUGGGUCUCCAACGGGCUGGCGCCUCGGGGACUCGAGCCAGUUCGGGUGGAUACGGGUAUCUGAAGGAGCCUCUAUGGUGGAUUGGCAUGGUGACAAUGAUCGUUGGUGAACUCUCCAAUUUUGUCGCUUACAUGUUUGCUCCUGCGGUGCUUGUGACGCCACUUGGAGCUUUGAGUAUAAUUGUUAGUGCUAUUCUAGCACACUUCUUCUUGAAGGAAAAAUUGCAGAAAAUGGGUAUACUGGGGUGUGUCUUAUGCAUUGUGGGGUCUACUUUGAUUGUGCUUCAUGCUCCAAGUGAACGUAGUCUUACAUCAGUGGAAGAAAUUUGGGAGUUAGCAACUCAACCAGCUUUUCUUUUAUAUACAGCCUCAGCAAUAGCUGUUUCUUUGUUGCUGAUCUUGUAUUUUGAACCACGCCAUGGGCAGACAAACAUAAUGGUGUAUGUUGGCAUAUGUUCCAUAAUUGGAUCUCUAACGGUUAUGAGUAUUAAAGCUGUAGGUAUUGCAAUAAAACUCACAUUCGAGGGUUCAAGCCAGGUAGCAUGCUUCCAAACAUGGGUUUUCGUAAUGGUUGCAAUUACAUGCGUUAUCACUCAACUGAAUUAUUUGAACAAGGCUUUGGACACAUUCAACGCAGCACUUGUUUCUCCAAUCUAUUAUGCUCUGUUCACAUCACUUACAAUUUUUGCCAGUGCCAUAAUGUUCAAGGAUUGGUCUGGUCAGAGUGCUAGCAAUAUUGUGUCAGUGCUUUGCGGACUCAUAGUUGUGCUUUCUGGGACUUUGGUAUUGCAUAGUACAAGAGAACGGGAUCCAGCUUCUGUUAUAGAUAUGUAUUCAUCCCUGUCUCCUCAAGUAUCAUGGUUUGUCCAUAUGAAUGGUGAAACUUGGAAACAGAAUGCUGAUGAACUAUGCCCUGAUUUUGACGCAAUUCUUAAACAAGACCAUUUCAAAUAAGAAUGGAAAAUAUCUGGGAACAUCCAUUCAGCAUCUCAUGCAGCCUGCUGAAGCCUGUGUAGUGCAUAAGUGGCAAAAACCUGCCAGAUAUUUUUGCGUACACUGCCAUUUCUUGAUUCCAGAUUCUAUUUGGUUCUUCAGUUGGCGGCUUGACAUUGACUUGUGGAGGGUAAUAGUUGGAAUUUAGUUGGAAUUUUUCCCUUUCCUUCUUAUGUGCUUGUAGGGUUUGACAAUUAGCUGCAGCACCGUGUAGCUAAUUUAGUUUGUGAUUAAUACCUGAUAGUUAUCGAUUUUGUUUUGUAUUCUUACCAUAGCUUCUUAUGUUUUCUUUGUACGAGUCAGGUCACCAGCACACAGAUUGUAAAAUUGAUUCAACUCAAUUCAUUAUCACCAGAGGAAUUUUUUAUUU